AUGUCCGAACAAUCAAAUGUCGUCGACCAAUUGACUGAAAAGCUGCGCGCAAGCACCGUCCAGGAUGGGGCCGCUUCAGAUGACUGGAAGCAGAAGCUGAACCUCCCAGCAAAGGACAACAGACAACAGACCGAGGAUGUGACCAACACCAAAGGUUUCGAAUUCGAAGACUUCAAGCUUUCGCGGGACUUGAUGAUGGGCAUCUUCGAAGCAGGUUUUGACAAGCCCUCACCCAUCCAAGAAGAGAGCAUCCCCGUCGCCCUCCAAGGCCGUGACAUAUUAGCCCGAGCAAAGAACGGAACAGGAAAGACCGCCGCCUUCAUCAUCCCAUGCCUCCAGAGGGUCAAGCCCCAGGUCUCCCGCAUCCAGUGCCUCAUCCUCGUCCCCACCCGAGAGCUCGCCCUGCAGACAUCACACGUCUGCAAGACCUUGGGCAAGCACCUCAACAUCAACGUCAUGGUAACAACCGGUGGCACUGGCCUGCGCGACGACAUCCUCCGUCUCAGCGAGCCCGUCCACGUCCUCGUCGGUACCCCCGGCCGAGUAGCAGAUCUCGCCAGACAGAACGUCGCCGACCUGAGCGAAUGCCCCAUGCUCGUUAUGGACGAGGCAGACAAGCUUCUCUCGGUCGAGUUCCUCCAGUCUAUCGAGGAGAUCCUUGGACGCCACCCCAAGGACCGCCAGCUCAUGCUCUUCUCCGCCACCUUCCCAAUCUCCGUCAAGGACUUUUCCGACAAGCACAUGAGCAACCCCUACGAGAUCAAUCUGAUGGACGAGCUCACCCUGCGCGGUAUCACGCAGUACUAUGCUUUCAUCGAGGAGAAGCAGAAGGUCCACUGCCUCAACACCCUCUUCUCCAAGCUGCAGAUCAACCAGUCCAUCAUCUUCUGCAACUCCACCAACCGUGUCGAACUCCUCGCCAAGAAGAUCACCGAGCUAGGAUACUCUUGCUUCUACAGCCACGCCAAGAUGCCCCAGGCCGCCCGAAACCGGGUCUUCCACGACUUCCGCAACGGCGUUUGCCGUAACCUUGUCUGCUCCGAUUUGCUCACCCGUGGCAUCGACAUCCAGGCUGUCAACGUCGUCAUCAACUUCGAUUUCCCCAAGAACGCUGAGACCUACCUGCACCGCAUUGGCCGUUCGGGCCGUUACGGCCAUCUUGGCCUCGCCAUCAACCUGAUCAACUGGGAGGACCGCUUCAACCUCUACAACAUCGAGCAGGACUUGGGCAUUGACAUCCAGCCUAUCCCAUCGACCAUCGACAAGAGCCUCUACGUCUACGACAACCCCGAAUCCAUCCCUCGUCCCAUGAAGCCCGCCCAGCCGCAGCAGCAGCAGCAGCAGGCUCAACAAGCACAGCCCUCGUCUUACCAGCCCCAACCUCAAUCCCAGCCUCAGGUCCAGCCCCAGCAGGCACUGGGUCAGAAUGACUACCGCCAGAAUGGAGGGCAUCGCCAGUACCAGGGCAACAACCGUCAAGGUGGUCCUAGGGGCGGGGGCUCCGGCGGCCGGGGCCGCGGAGGCUACCAAGGCCAAGGUCGGGGAUUCCAAGGCUACGGCGGCCAGCGUGGCGGCCGUGGUCAAGGUCCCCCAGCACCUGCACCACAGGCAUAA